AUGGAGGGUUUAAAAGUCAUCGGUGCUGGAACUGCUACAAUUGCUUUAGCUGGAGCUGCAGUCGGAAUUGGAAAGAUAUUCAGCUUUGCUCUCACGGAAGCCAUUGCCUUGUUUGCUCUUAUGAUGGCCUUUCUGAUCUUAUUCAGCAUUCAGUUCAGGUACCGCAGCGGUCGACGACUUGGCUGGGGCAGAUCUUCACUCAUUAUCCUUCUUCGAACCUUUUGGUAUGUAUUGCCCCCUAACUAUAGAUCAGAUCCAGCAGACGAGAAAGAAAAUUCCGCACUGCUGCUGAGUCGUCGGACUUAUCCACCAAAGGAUUCGUGGAAUUUCUCGCCCCCUUUUGGGUAUGCAGGUACUAAGAGUCCUCUCACUACCAACCAGCAGACAUCAUCUGGCUGGGUCUUGCCGGGGAGAUCGGAGCAACAGGUAACGCCUAGACGACGUUUUUCUUCCUGGGCUGCAGUAAGUAGAUCGAGAGGUCGUUUCGCCCCUUGUCCCCGAAUAUGGGUAAUAUGUUCUCAUACAAUGUUGCUCCAAUCUGACCUAGCUGGCGAGCGAUCCCAGUUCGCGACAGAGAACAAGACAGCAAGCGAGCGUACCUUUGUUCGCUUCUUCUCCACCAAGCACGGAAGUUUAAGGAUAACUGUAGGUCGGUGGCUACCUAAGGAAACUCCGAUUCGAUCCGCCCCCCGGCUGGGAGGCAUCUACCUCAUCCCGAUCACAAGGAGAGGUUCACUAUGAUGGGGGGUACUUCUUUUUUUCCCUUCCGGAAAGAAUGA